GCUACACCGGCCGGCUUCAGAACGCCCGGAGCUUUCGCCUCCCGUCCUGCCGUGACGUCAGGGGAAGCCCCGCCCAAUCCCGGCCGGACUCGGCUCCCGGGAACGCUUGGGGCAGCCAGAGCAGCGCAGCGCCCGGGCCGAGGCGGCAUCAGCUGGGACCAAGUUCGGCGGCUGCGACGACAACAGGCAAUACUUCUUCAAAAUGGAGGAUGGGAAGCCUGUUUGGGCUCCACAUCCAACUGAUGGGUUUCAGAUGGGACUUAUUGUGGAUAUUGGUCCUGACUCCUUAACGAUUGAGCCUUUAACUCAAAAGGGCAAGACAUUUCUCGCUGCUAUCAACCAAGUAUUUCCUGCAGAGGAAGACAGCAAGAAGGAUGUGGAGGAUAACUGUUCUCUAAUGUAUUUAAAUGAAGCCACACUCCUACACAAUAUAAAAGUUCGAUACAGUAAAGACAGAAUUUAUACGUAUGUCGCCAAUAUCCUGAUAGCAGUGAAUCCUUACUUUGACAUACCUAAACUUUAUUCUUCAGAUGCUAUUAAAAAAUAUCAAGGUCGAUCACUUGGAACAUUGCCACCUCAUGUCUAUGCGAUUGCUGAUAAAGCAUUUCGUGACAUGAAAGUGCUCAAGAUGAGUCAGUCAAUCAUUGUGUCUGGAGAAUCAGGAGCUGGCAAGACGGAAAACACUAAAUUUGUUUUACGGUAUUUGACUGAAUCCUAUGGUAGUGGGCAGGACAUUGAUGACAGAAUUGUAGAAGCCAAUCCACUUUUAGAAGCUUUUGGAAAUGCAAAGACUGUUCGUAACAACAAUAGUAGUCGCUUUGGAAAAUUUGUGGAAAUUCAUUUCAAUGAAAAGAAUUCAGUGGUUGGUGGGUUUGUGUCACAUUAUUUGCUGGAGAAAUCAAGAAUCUGUGUCCAAGGCAAGGAAGAAAGGAAUUACCAUAUAUUUUAUAGGCUUUGUGCUGGAGCCCCUGAAGGUAUAAGAGAGAAAUUGUAUUUAAGUUCACCAGAUAAUUUCAGGUAUUUAAAUCGCGGCUGCACUCGAUACUUUGCUACCAAAGAAACAGAUAAGCAAAUUUUGCAGAAUCGCAAAAGUCCUGAGUACCUGAAAUCAGGCUCUUUGAAAGAUCCUCUGCUGGAUGACCAUGGAGACUUCAUCCGAAUGUGCACUGCAAUGAAGAAGAUAGGUUUGGAUGAUGAUGAGAAAUUGGACCUGUUCCGAGUGGUCGCUGGUGUCCUACACCUUGGAAAUAUUGAUUUUGAAGAAGCUGGAAGCACCUCUGGUGGCUGCAUGCUGAAGAACAGAUCUACUCAGUCAUUAGAAUACUGUGCUGAAUUGCUCGGCUUGGACCAGGAUGAUCUUCGGGUCAGUUUAACCACCAGAGUUAUGCUGACAACAGCAGGGGGCACCAAAGGAACAGUUAUAAAAGUGCCCUUAAAAGUAGAACAGGCAAACAAUGCACGUGAUGCCUUGGCAAAAACAGUCUACAGCCAUCUUUUUGACCAUGUGGUGAAUAGGGUGAAUCAGUGUUUUCCUUUUGAGACGUCAUCCUUUUUUAUUGGAGUCCUGGAUAUUGCAGGCUUUGAAUAUUUUGAACAUAACAGCUUUGAACAGUUUUGCAUUAACUACUGUAAUGAGAAGCUGCAGCAGUUCUUUAAUGAAAGGAUUCUCAAAGAGGAGCAAGAACUUUAUCAAAAAGAAGGUUUAGGCGUCAAUGAAGUACAUUAUGUAGAUAAUCAGGACUGUAUAGAUUUGAUUGAAGGAAAAUUAAUUGGUGUUCUUGAUAUCUUGGAUGAAGAAAACCGUCUUCCCCAACCAAGUGAUCAGCACUUUGCAUCAAUGGUACACCAGAAACACAAAGAUCACUUCAGACUCUCAGUACCUAGGAAGUCUAAACUGGCUGUUCACAGAAAUGUCCGAGAUGAUGAGGGCUUUAUUAUCAGACAUUUUGCAGGAGCAGUGUGCUAUGAGACAACUCAGUUUGUAGAGAAAAACAACGAUGCUCUGCACAUGUCACUUGAGUCUCUUAUCUGUGAAUCCAAAGAUAAAUUUAUACGUCUUCUCUUUGAAUCCAACACCAACAACAAUAAAGACUCUAAACAAAAAGCAGGAAAGCUUAGUUUCAUCAGCGUGGGAAACAAAUUUAAGACUCAACUAAACCUGCUGCUGGAAAAGCUUCGCAGUACUGGAUCUAGCUUCAUUCGGUGCAUCAAGCCUAACCUAAAGAUGACGAGCCACCAUUUUGAAGGUGCCCAGAUUCUGUCCCAGCUGCAGUGUUCAGGCAUGGUCUCUGUUUUGGACUUGAUGCAAGGUGGUUUCCCAUCACGAGCUUCAUUCCAUGAAUUGUAUAACAUGUAUAAAAAAUACAUGCCUGAUAAAUUGACCCGAUUGGAUCCUAGGCUCUUCUGCAAGGCACUCUUCAAAGCCCUUGGUUUAAAUGAAAAUGAUUACAAAUUUGGAUUAACCAAAGUGUUUUUUAGGCCUGGCAAGUUUGCAGAGUUUGAUCAAAUCAUGAAGUCUGAUCCAGAUCACCUCGCUGAGUUGAUUAAACGAGUCAAUCACUGGCUUAUCUGCAGUCGUUGGAAGAAGGUCCAGUGGUGUGCACUCUCUGUUAUUAAAUUGAAAAAUAAAAUAAAGUACAGAUCUGGGGCCUGCAUUAAAAUACAAAAGACGAUUCGUAUGUGGCUAUGCAAGAGAAAGCAUAAACCUCGCAUUGAUGGUCUAAUAAAGGUUCGCACACUGAAGGAGAGGCUUGACAGAUUCAAUGAAGUAGUAAGUGCUCUGAAAGAAGGGAAAGCGGAAGUGAACCAGCAGAUCAAAGAUCUUGAAUUGUCUAUUGAUGCCUUGAUGUCCAAGAUUAAGGCCACAGAAAUGCCUAGAUUGCAGAUACAGAAGGAGUAUGAUGCUCUCGUUAAAAGCUCAGAGCAGCUUCUGAGUGCAUUGCAGAAAAAGAAACAGCAGGAAGAGGAGGCCGAACGGCUGCGACACAUUCAGGAGGAAAUGGAAAAAGAGAGGAAGAGGCGUGAGGAAGAGGAGCUGCGUCGAAAGAAGGAAGAAGAAGAAAGGCGGUUGAAGUAUGAGAUAGAAGCAAAGAGAAAACAAGAGGAGGAGGAGAGGAAGAAAAGGGAGGAGGAAGAAAGACGGAUCCAGGCUGAAGUUGAGGCACAGCUGGCUCGAGAACGUGAAGAAGCCAGCCAGCAACAGGCGGUUCUGGAGCAAGAACGGAGAGAUCACGAGCUUGCCAUGAGGAUUGCGCAAAGUGAAUCGGAGCUCAUCACAGAUGAAUCUCAGCUGGAUCCAGGAUUACGCAGAGACGAUGGAAAAAGCUGUCCAAUGACUGUAGAACAAAUGGCCAAUGAAAUAUCAGACAUUUUAUCUAGGGGACCUUCUGUUCAAGCCACCAAAGCUGCAGCUGGCUCUAAAAAGCACGACCUCAGCAAAUGGAAGUAUGCAGAGCUACGUGAUACAAUCAAUACUUCUUGUGAUAUAGAACUUCUGGCAGCUUGCAGAGAAGAGUUUCACAGGCGGCUAAAAGUUUACCAUGCUUGGAAAUCCAAGAAUAAGAAGCGCAACACAGAUGCGGAACAGCGGGCUCCCAAAUCAGUUACGGACUAUGAUUUUGCACCAUUUUUGAACAACUCAACUCAACAGAACCCAACAAGUCAAUUAUCUGCAAAACAACAGGAGAUUGAAAUGAACCGACAGCAGCGUUACUUCCGUAUUCCUUUCAUCCGUCCAGCGGACCAAUAUAAAGAUCCCCAGAACAAAAAGAAAGGUUGGUGGUAUGCACAUUUUGAUGGACCAUGGAUUGCUCGUCAAAUGGAACUCCAUCCUGAUAAGCCACCCAUCUUGCUAGUGGCUGGCAAGGAUGACAUGGAGAUGUGCGAGCUUAAUCUUGAAGAGACGGGCUUGACUCGCAAACGUGGUGCUGAAAUUUUACCACGGCAGUUUGAAGAGAUCUGGGAGCGCUGCGGGGGCAUCCAGUACCUUCAGAAUGCAAUUGAGAGCAAGCAAGCUCGGCCCACUUAUGCAACUGCUAUGCUGCAGAACUUGUUGAAAUAAAGUAGUCACUUUGCACCGUUGGCAGUUGAGAGCUACUCAUGCGUUAACAAUAAAGGGAAGAGUUCCUCUGAGCAACAGAGGACACUUAAAACAUUCCAUAAUCUUAGACAGAUGUUUAAUAUAAAGCAAACAGGGUUUACUAACCAUGACAGUUUUUAAUUGUAUUUCUGAUGUUUUAAUUUGUGUAGUGAACUCAAUAAUUCUGUUGAUCUAAUCAAGUGUUUCAGUCACAUACAUGGUUUGUUUUUUUUGUCCAUUUGCUGAUUCUUCCAUGUAAUGUCUGUCAUAACACUAAGAGUACUGUCAUGUGAAGUAACACACUACUGGAAUCUAAGCACAUGCUAUCAUGAACUGCAUUUUUAACAUACUUCCUUUUGACAUAAGGAGGAUGAUUUCUGGAAAAUUAGUUCUACCAAGAUAGUGUAGCAAAACAAGAACACUGCUUUUUACAACUGGAAUUGUGAGGCCUUAACUUUAACUUCUUUUGUGGAGAAGCUAAAGCAAACUUUUAUAAGGUUGAAAGAUAUUACAUGCUGAUUUCUGAAAGUUGCUUGAUACAUGUAUAUCUUUUUGGCAAUGCAUUACCGGGAGAUGCUUCUUAAGUAGAAUGCAGAAUUCCCUACAUUGUUUGGCAGCAGGAUGUCAGAUUCUGAAGUACUUCAGCAAUGGAGCCUUUGAAACAUUUGAAUUCAAAAUUUAAGCAUUUUGUUGAUAUAUCCCCCCUUUAUUAUUUUUUUACAAUAUGAGUUUGUUGAGGUAAUUAAUUUUUAUUUUUCUGUCACAACAUUCUUGGAAAUGCUUUCUUGAUUUAUGUAAGUAAAAUUAAGUUAGGUAUUAUUUUACAAAUAUUACCUAAGCUCCAUCUCUAGCUCCUCUGAAGAUUGAAAGAAAUGUUUCUUUUUCCAAGGCUUCAGAGCUUGACUGUAGUAGUAUAGGCUGAAUUCCAUAGUUCCUUUUCUACUUCAAUGUGAUGCACAUAGAUUAGAUGGCUUCUGUCAGAAUGUUUCCAACCACUGAUCAGCACUGGAACAUCUAAUUACAAACCUAUGGUGCUUCAAAUAGUUUAAUUUCAUAAAGUUAUGAUAAAACUUUCUCUUCUAAUCUUACAGACUUUUUUUGUCACUAAUCUCUCAACUUCAGGCUUUGUGGAUUUCUGUCUAUCUUUUUUUGCCGCAAUACCCUUGAUGAUAAUUAAAAUUCUUAUGGAUAGGGAUUUCUUGUAUCACAUUGAUUUAAGUUGCCUUUACUGAUGGAACUGGAUAGCCCCAAUUUUGGCAAACUUCAACAGAUAAAGCGUUUCUGUUAUCUCAGUGUUAUGAGAUUUGGAGAAAAUACAAGGGAGAAAAUACAGACACUUCUGAAAAACAAAAUCACUUUGGAGACGUGAAGAACAGAGGUUUAUUAUUAUUACAUUAAAAAGUUUAAUUACUUCCCUGGGCUCUAAGUAUUUAAAACUUCAGACACUUUCUAUAGACAUUGUUAUUAUUGCUUUAUGGUACAACAAAUUUGUUGACAAAGCUUUUCCUCACAUUGUAGCAACUCUAAGAAAGUGAUUGGCCUCCCCUGUGGUUUCCAGAUUGUUUGUUUGUUUUUGAGUGGGAGACAGCUGGGUAGCAUGUCAACACACUCUUAAUGGAGAUGGGAACUGAUGACUCUGUUGAAAGGGUAACCAGUUCUAGGGCAAGGCCUAGGAAAGCAGUGCAGAGUUUCAAGAACACCAGCUUACCAAAUGGACAACUGGUCAUCAACACAUGGAAAGCUCACAUCCCACCCUCCUCUCUCUCUCUCUCUCUCUCUCUCUCUCUCUCUCUCUCUCUCUCUCACACACACACACACACACACACACACACACACACACACACAAGUUGAUUGAUAUUGCCAAAUGACAGGUCCCACAUGCGGUUUUGAUCUGGCAAUUGUAAUCAUGGCUUGGAGGCAAAGGUAUCUUCUCCACUGUGCAGUGCACCAUGUACCAGGUAGCAGAAUAUAACUAUGUUAAUAAAAUUUGUAAAGAACGAAAGAUACUUCUGCUGGCUUCAGUGAUAGGCUCUGAUUUCCACCUAUACUGUCCUUGUACAGCUAUCAUUCUGCAGGAUCCCCUAAUACUUAGUAGUUUUCUGGGGUAUCUGGUAGAUGCUGCAGAGGGUAGGGAGAGGGAAAUUGGAUGUGGGUUCAUGCCAGAAUUCCUUCUAUUGAUCCUUAAAAUACAACCCAUUCUAUGUAGCCCUUUUUGUUCAGGGGUCUGGUAUGGUUCUUCCUUCAAUGCUUUUGCAUAUACGAUGUUUGCAACACAGGUAAAUUGUGCCCAUAAGCUUGUUUCUGCACUUGGAGAAUCAUUAUCAUCCUUAGUAGAUCCAGAUGAUGCAGUACAAUUUGAGCGUUCCAAUAAAUUACUCAAAUAGAUAAUUAUUCAGACGGAUGUUAAAGGCAGAGUAAAUCAACUCUUCAAGCUGAUUUAUGAUGGGAUGUGGGUGAGAGAGGCUAAUGCAAUCAUUGGCCUCACAAGUAAUCUCUGUUGUUUGGGUAUAUUUUCCUUGCCUUAUUUGUUACAAUGUCCAUGCCUCUAGUUUAAAUAUUGGAGAGGGUAACCUGAAUGGAGCUUUUUAGGCACUGAAGAAUUGAUUCAAUGUUACCAUGUGAGAUUUUCCCACCUUGCUCAGUGCCCUAUUCAGAUAAGAUGAAAAUGCGCUUCGAUUAACAAAAUUAUCCUUAUUUUAAUUGUAAUAUGAUGUUCUCUGUAUUCUCCUCAUUUGGAAUGUGGAUGUCUCUUACAGUCGCACAGUACCUGUUUGAAAUGGUGCAACUAAAUAGAAAGUAUGGAAUUGAUCCUGACAUCUCUCUGAAUGAUACCUUCUUCUGUUACAGUUCACUCAAAGGGUGGGGGAAGGCAGUGCUGAAGUGCUCAAGAUGGGAAUCUGUGGAAAUUAUGGACUCUCCCUUGUGCAAGCAGAAAUACUUCACUCAUACAGCAAGGAUUUAGGACCUAAUACUGUCUCUUUUUUCCUAUUUAACAUCCUUUCUGGCCAUUGCUCAUGUAUUUAAAAGAGACAAACUGUGGUUUAUACAUGUGUGUACCAUUCAGAAUUUAUUUUUGUUCCUGGGUAUUUUGAACCUGCAGGAAGUAGUCUUGAAAUACAACACCAAAUAAUGCUCUGUAUUACUUUGGAAUUAGUUAGAUAGACAAUUACCACAUUUCCAUCCCUGCAUAAACUGACAUGACACAAGGACAUAAGAAAAUAGAAAACAGUCAUUUAUUUCUUAAAAGGAAAUGUCCUGAGUUUUUCUGUUCCUGGUAGAAGCGGUAUGUCUUGCUUUCCCAUUGCUUCUCUUUGGUUGCAGAUCAGCUGAAGUAUACAUGCACAUAAGCCACUAGCUUGCUCUUGAAUAGACUGUGUUUCAGGAGUUCUCCCUAUGACAUUAGACCUAUGAUGGUGAUUUUACAUAUGCAGAUUGCAGUCGGAGUGUUGAAUGUGCAGCUUAUCGAAGUCAUAGGAUGUAAUGGUCCUAGUAAACCAGUCCCAUACAUAGCAUAAUACCAUUUACAUUCCAUUGGGAAAACUGCUAAUCUUCUGUAGUUCUAUCUGUUAUAUCUCUGGGCUAUUUUUCCUUAAAAUAUUUCAGGAACUUUUAUCAAAUGAUCUUAAUUACGUAUGGAAAAUUGCAGCAAAACAAAUUGUUUCUUGAUCUGUCCAGAAUAUUAUUUAAGAACUACUGGAAAAGUUGUGAGACACUUUAAUGUUGCAUUUAUUUUCUCUAUGUAGCAGUUAAAGCAAAUAAAGAACAUUUCAUAUUAAAAAUACUUCCUGUUAAAAA